AGAGAGAGAGAGAGAGAGAGAGAGAGAGAGAGAGAAGGAGCGCGAGCGCGAGCGUAUACCACCUCUGUCUAUCUGAGCAUCCUGCGGAAAUCGCGGAAAGAGCUCGUGCGCUGCGCUGCUUCUCUCCGCGAAGCAAAUGCACGCGCUCGGAUACUCGGCUUUUUAAACGCGCGGAAUGUCAACAAAGACGCGGCGGAUGCAGGAGUGAAGCUUUCACUUGUCUCUAAACCUUGAUAUCGCGAGUAUUUCUUUUAUCCUAAGCGAAACCUUGGACACUACUUCAUUUCACCAUUAAGGCUCUUUCUUUCUGAUGAUUUUUAUUUACUUUCUAAAGGUGAAACGACCACUUUAACCAAGUGUUCAGGGUGCGGAGAUGCUUGAGUAGAAAGUUUAUUUAUUUUCGCUGAUGGUGUCUGAUCUGAAGUCAAGCUGGUUGUGAAGGUGCUUGACCUAUUCCCCUCACCCCCAGACGGAGUAACCAUGGCUGCAGGCGUUGCGGCCUGGCUCCCCUUUGCCCGGGCAGCGGCCAUUGGCUGGAUGCCCGUGGCCAAUUUGCCCAUGCCGGUUGCUCCACCUGACAUGAACAAAAGGCAGGACGAGCUCAUUAUCCUAAACGUCAGUGGCCGUCGUUUCCAAACGUGGCGCAACACCCUGGACCGUUUUCCUGAUACCCUGCUUGGCAGCUCUGAGAAAGAGUUCUUUUUCAAUGAAGAGACUCGUGAGUACUUCUUUGAUCGUGACCCUGACGUGUUCCGCAGCAUCCUGAACUUUUAUCGUACUGGCAAGUUGCAUUAUCCACGCUAUGAGUGCAUAUCAGCUUACGAUGAAGAGCUAGCCUUCUUUGGGAUCAUCCCUGAGAUCAUCAGCGACUGCUGUUACGAAGAAUACAAGGACCGCAAACGUGAGAACGCUGAGCGCCUAAUGGAUGACCUUGAGGACAGCAAGGACAGCAAAUUGCCACAUAUGACUUUUCGUGAGACCAUGUGGCGUGCCUUUGAGAACCCGCAUACCAGCACCAUGGCCCUGGUUUUCUACUAUGUCACUGGCUUUUUUAUCGCCGUGUCUGUCAUUACCAAUGUGGUGGAGACUGUACCGUGUGGCUCUACACCCAACCAGCGGGACAUACCUUGCGGAGAACGCUACACGGUAGCAUUUUUCUGCAUGGACACAGCAUGUGUCAUGAUCUUCACCGUGGAAUAUUUGAUGCGGUUGUUUGCUGCACCAAGUCGCUACAGAUUCAUGCGCUCUGUGAUGAGCAUCAUUGAUGUUGUGGCUAUCCUGCCCUACUACAUUGGCCUGGUUAUGACCAACAAUGAGGAUGUGAGUGGUGCCUUUGUCACACUGCGAGUCUUCCGCGUCUUCCGCAUCUUCAAGUUCUCACGCCACUCCCAGGGCCUGCGCAUCCUGGGCUACACGCUGAAGAGUUGUGCCUCUGAGCUUGGCUUCCUGCUCUUCUCCCUCACCAUGGCAAUCAUCAUCUUUGCCACUGUUAUGUUCUAUGCUGAGAAAGGCUCCGCCUCUAGCAAGUUCACUAGCAUCCCGGCCUCCUUCUGGUACACGAUCGUCACCAUGACCACACUGGGGUAUGGUGAUAUGGUUCCUAAGACAAUUGCAGGGAAGAUAUUUGGCUCGAUCUGCUCUCUCAGUGGUGUGCUGGUGAUCGCGCUGCCUGUCCCUGUUAUUGUCUCUAACUUCAGUCGAAUUUACCACCAGAACCAAAGAGCAGACAAGCGACGGGCGCAGAAGAUGCAGAAAGCGCGAUUGGCCAGAAUGCGAAUCUCAAAGGCGGAAAGCUCGAACGCCUUCCUGCACAGCAAACGCAAUGGCAUGCUCACCCAAGCCCUGGAGCUAACACAUCUACCUUACAAGAUGAAACUGUCACAUGAGCAGAGCUCCACAGGUGAAGGGCAACAUCUGAAUAAGACGGCAUCAAUAAUAGAGAGCCAACACCACCACCUGCUGCACUGCCUGGAGAAAACCACGAACCAUGAGUUCGUGGAUGAGCAGCUGUUCGAGCAGAGUUAUGUGGAAAGCGGCCUGCAGCGUUUUCCAUCACAGAGCUCUUCCCUCGCCAGCCAGGAGGGUAUGAUAGGGUCCUGCUGUUCCCGACGAGCCAAGAAAAGCACUCAGUCUGCUAAUGCAGCACACUCACACCCUCACACACACACACAUUUACAUCCACAUGCUCACAACCUGCAGGAGCUCAGCACCAUACACAUCCAGUGUGGACAACAGAAUUCUCUCACCACUAGCCGUUCCAGUCUCAACAUGAUGCCAGAUGAAUCAGGAGGUCUGAACUGUAAGAGCAGCAGUCAGGUUACCACAGCAAUCAUCAGCAUCCCAAGCCCUCCCGCCAACACCUCCCCCAACAACCCAGAGGUUCCAUCCAACCCUACUACCAACUCCAUCACCGGUGUGGUGAAGGUCUCCGCGCUGUGACAGACUUGUGCCAGAAUCAAGCGAACGUCAGAACAGGGAGAGGGGAGGAGCACUCAGGAUGUGAAAACUGUAGAGUAGCCUGCCCCCUUGUGGGAGAAAUACAGCACUGACUCAGAUUCCUGAACAACAAAAUCCAAGGGGGUGAUAAAAACAAUUGUGCGAGUGCGUGUGCAUGUGUGUGUGAAGGAGAGAAAGAUUUACACAGAGAGAGAGAUAACAAUAGCAGAAGAGCCAUAACAACUUGAUCAAUCCAUCACAAGAUUGAUUAGAUGAGGAUGUCAAGAGUAACUCCGUAUCAAGCACUUUUUCUUUCUUUUUUGUCCUGAUUGUCUUGUAUUGUGUCUUAGGGAUGUGAUGUUUUGUCAGUUUUACAGGCAACAAUCUCAGCAACUGCUUAAGAGCAACUAAAAAGCAACAGCUAUCAACUCAACCAUUAAGAAUAUGUAAAGCAUAGUUAGUUUUCACCAUUUUAAAAGGCUGAAUAUGAUGACAUUAAAAGGAUUAAUCACCAAAUGGAAUUUCAUUUUAGCUGACCAGUGGAUUUGAUGGUGUUAACUUUGCUAAUGACAUACUUGAGAGUUUUUAAUAGUGCUGACCAGGGGUGGACAAAUCAAAUUCAUAGCUACACUGUACUUACCAAGAUAUCCAAGAAACUAGUCUAAAAAUUGUCAACUAAUGCAAUAUAAUUCAAAAGUAAAAUAGGUGAGUAUUUCAGUCCCUACAAGGGGAGACUUUGUGGAUAACGUUUCACUGCUUUGUGUUUGUGCCCAUAACAAAAAGGCAAAAAAUUUCAUCAGGCAGUUUUUGAGACUGGCUACUGCCUUCACUUUCAGCAGGAAUAUCACUUGAUCAGGAUCAGGAUCAACUUCAGUCCACGUGGCUAGUGCACAGGAUUCAGAACAGAUUAAUGCAGCCCACAGCACUGAAGAUGUAUGAUAACACCAUACUGAGUUUGUUACAUUAUCUGCUGCAUUAAAGUUACCCCCUUUGAGGAAAGCACUCUGCUCUCUUCCACAUGCACACUUAGAGCUCAGAGACGCAUGUGAUUGGCUAGUGUGAAUGUGGCACUGGAGAGUGAAUGCAUGUAUCAAAUGAAGUUUUCUUUUUUUUUGAGAGGAGAAAAAACACUUGCUGAACAUGUUUGUUCACACAAUGGAAAAUGUGACAAAUGUGUGAUUUGUCCACUCCUGUCUUUAAAUUUUAUUACAUCUUUUCUCAGAUUCUACAUGUUACUAAAGAAAGUAUGUAUGUUUUUCUUUUGGAUUGGUCACCAUCUAUUUUUUAAGGGAUCUGUGAUUAUUUUAUACAGAAUGCUGUAUUUGAGAAGGAAAAACAGUCACAUGAUGAUAUUCAGGUCUAAUAAUAAUUAGAUAAAGAAGCUUCCUAUUAGACAGUAAAUGGCAAGUUAAAAUUAAGAAAUUAAUAUUUCCCAAUAUUCGCUGGCUUUGUUGCCUUAAAAAAUGCUUAACCGAAUGCUAAACAUUUAGUUACUAGACCACCUUAUAGUAGAUUAUCAUUUAGAAAGGAUGGUUCAAGACAGAAGAAAGAACGAAACAUUUAAAUAUAAGCAUAAUGUAAUAUUUCAAGUCUUUUUCAUUUGUGUUGUUGUUGUUGCUAUUAUCUAUAUAUUAAUCUAUAAUUACAAGAAUAUCAUGCAGUCUUUGAGAAAAAUAACUGUUCCAUAACUGAACUCUGAAAAGACAGAAAAAAAAACUGUAGGCUUAGUUUGACAAAGAACAUGGGGAGACUUUUACAUGUUUGUGCGAGUGAGAGAGUGUAUUCACUCCUGUAAGGUUACAAGAAUUAGAGUGUAUUUGAUAUGUUAGGAUCUUUCCAUAAGUGUGUGUGCGUGUUCGUAAGCUCUCAGCGUGCCUGGAGCCUUUCACACAGUAUGUGCCUCUCUUGGGGAAAGGAUUUUUUAUCCUCUUCUAAUCCACUUGCCCUCUCUCCUUCUUUGGGUCCAAGAUGUUGAGUGGACAAACAGUGUCAAUCUCCAACUCGUCAGUAAUAACCUUGUAAAGCGGAACCAAAAAAAAUAUCUCUAUAUAUGAAAUAGGUAUUCAAAAUAUCUGUGAUUAUAAGCACAAGGCAUUUGGUGAGAAUUUGUGAGUAGGAUAUGUACUAAGCCUUGGUUCAUUUGUGAAUAUUGUUAAUAGGAUAUUUUGUAAUAUUUCGCCAUUGUUUGGCAAACCGAGUGCAGCUGCCACCCUUUUCCUCUUUCACUGUGGUCCAGUGCUGCCCUGUCUGCUUGUGUCUUUGAAAAAACCAUGCUUUCGAUAGUUGGUUUGGUCCUAAGUGUUGUUUUCUUUCUUGCUCAGUGGGCAUUUUAUUGAAAAAAGUAAACCUUGUUGUGUGUAUGUGUGUAUUCUACCUGCAUAGAAACCUUUGGUGUUGGCCACUUUUCUGUGUUGCUUUAUUUUGUCUUUUUCUUCUCUGAAAAACAAUGAACUCAGCACUGGGUCAAUGUUACCAUGGUGUCAGAGAAGCCACAAAGCAUUUUGAAUGACAUUUCUAUGGACCAAUCAGACGUCUUCUCCAUUACUUAGUCUCUGUUUCGUCAUGAUGGCCAUUUGUAGCGAGAAUGGCUUUGCCAGUAAUAUUGUAGAUAUGUGUGUUUGUGCUUUAGGACAGAAAUAACUAACUUGUUUCAUAUUUUAUGUUUUGUACUCCUGAAUUCAAAAUUGCAUUUAAAGAAUUUAAAGGCUAUGAGGUUUUUUUUUUCUUGCUCCGGAUCUAUUUUUUCCACUUUGAAUCUGUUUAGUUAUCUGAUGUGUAUAUGAGGUUUUGGCCUUCGAUGUUGUUGGAAAAUCUCAUUACUCUAGUUUAAAUCCUAUUUCUUAGGCUGCAUUUACAUUGUGGGCCUUAAGGCACUAUUUUGAUAUUUUCACACAGAUAUUUAUCCUGUAAGAAAUCACCCUUCUCUGGUUCCCAUCAUUAUGUUUGCAUAAUUCCCACACCAAAAUGAGCUAGGCAGAAAAGCAGCAACCUUUUACCAGUAGCAUCGCUGUGGUUGUAAAAAGACAAUGAUUCUGUUUCCACCAUGACUGCGUUCUUUAGUCUGUAAUUAAUGUCUUCUUUUGGCUUUAAUUAGGGUUAAAGCACCAAAUGUGUGUUUCUAUUGCCGCCCCCCCCCCCCCCCCCCCCAAAAAAAUGAGUUAUGCAAACCAAUCUGUAAGUCACAGAAACAUAUCAUUUGGCCAAUGGGUAUUACUCCAUUCCACUACUCAGGCAAGAGGUGGGCCCAACUGUCCUAAAGAUGGUGCUAUAGGGCAACAGUGAACAAUUACAGACAUUUACAUCUCAAGAACCCUGAAAAUUGGAGGUGACCAUUUUAUGUCCCAUUUUGUAGCUAAGCUAUUAAUUCCCAACCACUUACAAUUUAAUAUAUGAUGCUAAACCUAAUCCAAGUGGUUUGGGCAUAUCUUCAGAAAACUGGUGUCAAAAGGAGUGUAAUUAUCAAAAACAUGUUGUGGUUCGUCAACAUCAAUUCUAUCCAGUAUUCUCAGAGCCUAAUUUGCUCAAAUAUUGUAAGUACAAGGCAUGUUUAUACGGUACUGUGGAGGUCUGCAAAGUCUGCGAUGGUGUCAUCAUUCAGGGAUGGAGUUCUGUUUAACUAACUGUUUCCCAAACAAUUACAAAAAUGUAAAGCCUAAUAUAACUGAGAUUUGGUGUACUGCAUCGUUAUGAUAAUCUAUAAGUGUAUUAUUUAAAAAACAUGGCCACUGUCAGCCAAUCAGCUUUCAGCAGGCAUUUCACAUAACCAUUGAGUUAAAACUUGAUAAGGAUGUUAAUCUAUGUCUUUAUAGCGCAAUGUACCUAUGGAACUGGCCACUGGAGGUGGGAUUUGCAUCCGGCUAUAGUUUUACAUUGUCAUUGGAUCCAUAAAUGACUGUAAAAAAAAAAUUUAUAUAAUCUUGGACAACCAUAAAUAAUUUACUUGUAUUGUUUUAAAAGCUGCAUGAUGAAUUUUAGCCUAGAUUAUCAUCUCAUAAAAAAUUACAAUAACUUAAUAAGUUAGCAGGGAAAGUGUGUCUGGAUGAAAGCAUUAAGAUGUGAGUCAAAUGACCAAAAAGCAGAUAUAAUUCAGAUUUAAAAUCUGUUUACACUUACUGCAACAAUAUUUAAUCUGUGCCAGAGGAAAAAGAUGAAAAAUCUGAUCUGCCAAUGUAAAUGCAGCCCUACUGAUGGUUUCUUUUUUGUUUUUGGGGGAUUCUUUUUUUUUUUUUACAAAUUGAUCUUACUAACACUAUUAAUGCCCCUGAGCUUUGUCAAAUGAUAACUUCUUGUAUAACGUAAACUGUGUAAAAGACAUUGUUGGUUUGAAAGGAAAUAUAUUAGAGAUAAAAUAUUUUCUCAUUGUAAUGAUAAUAUAGUAGAAACACCAGCAUAUAGUGUAAAUGUUUUUACUUCAGGAAAUUAGGAAUAUUAUAAUUAUUGAUCAAGACCAUCGGUUCCCUGUGUCUGAAUAUUGAGACUUACACUGCCAUGUUUUGCCACAUUGCACCAAUGUGGCUUUUUCUUUAACACUCUUUUAGAUAUUGAAUAGACACAGAAUGAAAGCUCUUAACUGAGCGAGAGCAUCAAGAUCAGAAUACAAGAUUUUUUCCCUGAUGUUCUACCUACAUUUUAAGCCAUGGUAUCUGAGAUAGCCAUAUACAGAGACAGGAAUUUAUUUUAUUCCAUUCUGUCAUUGAUCAUUACAUGCAUUGAUCACGUUGUUUACCACAAAUAUGUGUAGAAAUUAAUUUCAAUAGCAAAGUAAGUGUGCAAUCAUUCAUAUACUUACAUGUCACAUUUAU